GUAUAUCCUCACCCUUGCUAACUGGUAUGUUGCUGGUAUUUUUGCCGUUGUAAAACCGGAGAAGUGCCAUCUGAUCUCAUUUUUUGUAUUUUUAAGCGGGUAUUUUUCAUAGUUGUGAUAUAUGGGCACUAUGACGAUUUCUAGGUCAUAAAUCCACCAGAAAAAUGCUAUUCUCGGCGAGAUUAAAGUACCAUAGCCAAAGUCAUCUUUCAGAAGUUGAUCUUCAAGGACAAACCAUACGCAGGAAAUACCAUGAAAUUUCAUUCCAAAUCAAAUCACGCCUGCCUUUUUGGACUUGAAGAGGAUAGAUACAGCAUUCUACUUAUUCACUAGGUACUUUCUCUGCAAAUCUAUACCGUUAGGUAGGGUAAUGGAGUUUAAGAUUAAAGUUUAGGGUUUAGAGUUAAGCUUAGGAUUUAAAGAUAUCGUUGGAGUUAGGAGUAGGUUGAAGAAUAGUGUCAGAAAUAUCAAUGUAUCUAACUUAAGUCAGAGAUGAUUGGCAAGUAGUGGGAAGCAAGAAGCUGGUGAGGGAAGUUGUGUCGUCCGUACUGCGCGGUGAACCAGGUCGUGUCCUUAUUCAAUCUUAAUUAACACCCGUGAUGUGCAGUGAAUUCAUUAUUUUUACUACUUUACGAUGAACGUGUAAUUUGAGAUGUUUCGGCCGCCACAACCUGCAGUCACCUGGAUGAAUGCAUAUAUCGCGCAUGGUACGAUUUCUCUAUGGAUCAUCUGUGUAUUGACUGGGAGACACUCUUACAACAAAUAAGAUAAAACUACACAGUGUAGUACCAAGUUUGCAAUAUUUUUAGUGUUUUUCAACGAUUAUACGACAUUUUUGUAUCCGAAUUCUGACUGGUUGUUCAAGAUCACUGUGGUUUUGUCUAUGAUAGUUUAACUUUCCCCUAUCCCCAGCUAGCAUUGACUUCGGGUACAUUGUGGAAACUCAAGGCCACUCUUCGGGCGCACUGCAUACCUUUGGGAGAGACUUAGGGUACAGUGCAGACAACUUUCCCGCUCUCUUUAAUGCACCCUAAGUUUAUCUUUGACCGAAAUGUUUGCAGUGGGCCCGGAGGUGCUAACUGGGUUACUUAAUCAGCAAAGAUAUACAUGAGUGUAAAAGUUUCUAUUCUUACUGAAAACCAUGCACAAGUGAAUACUGUUCACAUCUAAAAGUUUGACACUUGAAACAUUUACAUCUGCUUGUUUUCCGCGUUCGUCCAGUCAUAAGCAGAUUGAUGAAUUACCGGAGUCAAGGCAGGUGUUCUUGGAGUAGCAGCAAUAUUCCACCCUUAUUUUCUGUUGAUAACGUGUGUCUAGAUGGUUUGAUUGUCUCCAUUGCUGGUUCUAUGUCGGCAGUCACGGGGAAGUUUUAUGAGACAUGGAAUGGUGUUUCUCUGGCUGAGACAGCUGGUAGUGGUCACAGUAGUAAGAGAAAAUGCACUAUUUAGUAGCAUGAAGCUGUGAUAGGCAAAAGUGUUUUGGUGGCACCUGUGGAGUUUCGCGCCAACAAGUCGACAAUGGUGACCCUUUUUUCACCUUUUCAGAUAAUCAUCUUUGGCGUAGAUGUGGUUCCAAGCUAUUGAACAAAAGAUGUGUGUACUUUGCAGUAGCUGGCUGCGCCUAUUGAAAGUGGUAGAUAUGAAGAGGUCAGUUAUCUCUGACCACUGAUUCUCGCGUCCUAUAUCUUGUGUUAGGUGUAAUAAUAUGGUGAGCAAUAUUGAGGUCCGUGUACCAAACCAAAAGCACACUUACUGUAUGGGGAUAGGUGGUACUACCCAGUUGUCUAGGCUGAAAGAGGCAAAGCAGGACUCAAACUUGAAAUCCACUGACCAGAAGCCUGUGUGCCUAAGCUAAUGAGUCCCAUCUCCAGAAUAAUGAGGUUAAGAGUAGUGUUAGGUAAGAAAGGAAAGUCAAUCGUUGAGUCUGCGAAACUGACGAACGACCACCUACCUCAUCGAGAAAUGUAGGCUGACAUAAGAUUAGGUUGGAAAGGAUUUGGAGGCAAUUAAUUAAAGACGUGAUAUUGAUCCAUGAAGUCUUUGACUGUUGGUUUUAGUCACGCAUGCAGGUGCAGGCUGGUUGGGUCCCUCAAACGCUAAAUACUAGUGGUUGGAGACUGUUGGUGAUAUGGUUAAAAAUCGUUCUCAUUGGCGCAGAUGCAUUCACUGUUUAUAAACUCCUAGAUCCAUCACAUUCUCUGUUUAGUUCUUCCUUUCGUGCGUUUCCGUUUAUUACGGCUUAUUUAUAGUUUUUCUCUACUUCUGUGUGCUUCAUAAAAUGUGGCAACUUGGACUGCUGUACUCAUGUGUAAAUUCAGUCCAGUUACUCAACAACAACAACAACCUGCAUUUCCAUACAGUUAACAAUGAACCAAGCCGUUGAGAUUAAUGGCUAGUGAUGCAAGAGACUUUGAAGCAGUUAAUAAGAGUAAAUCAGGCUACUUUAAUUAAAAGAAGCGUUGAAAGAAGUACGGGAAUACUAGAUAGGUUCCUUGCCUUGAAACGUCACACAAAUAACUCCCAGUUCUAAAUAAGAGUGUCGGUAUUCAUCCAGAUGAUGACCAUUGAUGGACGUAAGCUGAUUUUGCAUUGCAGCAUAGCUGACUUAUUAGUUGCCCGAAGGAAACACUGUGUGCUGUAAUAUACCUAUCGUCUUCACACCCGCUUCAUGGGGCAAGCUAUUUACCCUGAGGUAGUGACAGCUUUUAGUCUCUGUUACCACGAUAGAAUCUGCAGGAAGAUUCGUUAUAGGUAGUGUGGCUUGGGUCAUUGCGACAUACAAGCCCGAUCAUCAGGUUUCAUUUGGCUCUGGACUUUAAUGGCAGGAGGACGUAAGGAAGCAUUACGGAGAUGGCUAGCAAACGUUGGUACCGGCUAAUGAUGUGUUGGGAUCUGGUCAAAGAUUCGGAAUUCUGCAGAUUACGUGUUGCAGCAGCAGUGUUGCUUAUGAGGAGUUGAAUGAAUAACUGUACUUGGGUCCUGUAUUAGUACAACAUACAUUCAAAGACUGAUUUAAUUCAUCUUUAUCCAUGUAAAUGUGUGUAAUUUAAUACGAGAUACUGUUGAGUCAGUUUGGAGGGUUUCUACAUUUAUCGUAUAUUUUAUGGGUAUGAAGUACAUACCAAGCCAGUAUGUCUUACCAACGCUGUCGACUAACAAGAAUAUUGUGUAUGUGUGUGUGUGUGUUCUAGACAGAAAAUCGAUCCCCACGGGGACAAAGAAAGCGGAGUUAUUUCUUUCAGUAGAUCAGUCUUUCUUUGUAAAUUGUAGUUACUGCAGUAACUGAAGCAAAAGAGAGAUGCAAUAUGUGUAUGUGGCAGCAGCUGACUGCAGGUUUUAUUUAAGUGUAUUACUGGUUUUUAUUUUGUCAUGCAUCUGCUACAUGCGAAGCUAGAAUUUGUUGUUUAGGAUUUCCUCCUUAUUGAAAGCCUGUUUACUGUGACUUCCUGCUUCUUUUGUACAUUGUACGUUUCAAACUUUAGAAGUGUGGAAAUAUAUUCCUUUUUUGCAAUUGACUGUGUUAAGGCUGUAGAGAUGUAAAACUGACACCAGGUUGAUUUCAUGCUUUUUUACUAAGUUGGAAAAACGUUUAAUAUGCAUUACAUAACCAUUUUGAUGUGUUGUUAAAACUUGUGUAAUUAUUGUCAUUUUGUCUACAGAUCUAGAUAAAAUGCGCCGCUUAGACUGCUGUCUGUUUGCUCUUUACUUGGCUGUUACGGAAAUUCUUGUUUAUGUGGCUUCUGAAGAAUUGUCUGUGUCGCCUAUCGCUCAAGCAUUACGUGUUGGUGAAUCUGGGAUUUUUGAGUGUUCUACAGAAAACUCAAGCCAUGCCUCAUACCUACAGUGGGUACUUAAUGAUGAUACAGUUCUUCUAAAUGGUAAUCAGUCAGCAGAUGGUCGAUUUGCUAAUGAAAAUGGUAUCCUGA